AAAAAGCUAACUUAGCAAGCUUCCCAACACUUUGACACCACAAAAGUGCCGGUAAUUCUCCGUCAAAGCCAUUUUGCUUCGAAAUUUUGUUCAGAACGUAAGAAAAACCAAAAAUCUAGGAAAAUGUCGACCUGGACGCCACUUGAAUCCAACCCAGAUGUGCUGACCAAGUACAUACACAAGCUAGGCGUGUCGCCGGCCUGGUCUGUGACUGACGUCAUGGGGCUGGACGAAGACAUGCUCGCGUUUAUACCCCGUCCAGUGAAGGCGUUCAUCUUGCUCUUCCCAUGCAGUGAGGUUUAUGAGAAACAUCGUGCUGAGGAGCAUGAGCGCAUCAAGGAUGUGAAGGAGCAGCAUCCCGAGGAUCUGUUCUAUAUGCGCCAGUUCACUCACAAUGCCUGCGGCACUGUAGCCCUCAUCCAUAGCGUGGCCAAUAAUAAGGAGGUGGAUGUAACUGGUGGAGUGCUCAAGAAGUUCCUCGAGAAAACUGCCGCUCUGUCGCCAGAGGAGCGUGGCAAUGCUUUGGAGCACGACACCGAGUUCACAGCCGAUCAUCAGGCUUUGGCCCAGGAGGGUCAGACCAAUGCCGAGGAGCAUGAGAGUGUCAUCCAUCAUUUCAUUGCAUUGGUGAACAAAGAGGGCACGCUGUACGAGCUCGAUGGACGCAAAUCGUUUCCCAUUAAGCAUGGCAAGACCACGGAGGAGACCUUCGUGAACGAUGCGGCCAAGGUGUGCAAAGAGUUUAUGGCACGUGAUCCCACCGAAGUGCGUUUCACCGUUUUGGCCUUGACUGCUGCGCAGGAUUAGGCGACGGCUGGAAAGAAAGAAGAAUGCGAUGAUCUCUGAUCUGUCAGUUAUAAC